AUGGCUCAACUUGCUAAAACGAGUCUCCUGAGCGGCAAAGUGGGAAUUGUCACUGGUGCAACAAGGGGAAUUGGAGCGGCGAUUGCGCGGAACCUCGCAAGCAAGGGCUGCUCCAUUGUGUUGGGCUACACGUCCGAGUCAUCGAAGAGGCUGGCCAAAGACCUGGCAAAAGAGUUUCGAGAAAGUUACGACGUGACUGCCGUGCCUGCACAGGGCGACAUCGGCAACGAGGGGGAUGCUUUCAGGGUCGUGGAGAUAGCAAAGGAGAACUUCACAGACACCAAGAACGGCAAAUGCCAAAUUGACAUUGUUGUCAACAAUGCCGGUGUCGCCGACUUGAAACCGCUUGGGAAGAUCAACGUGGACGAUUUCAACAAAGUAUACUCCACCAACGUGCUCGGGCCUAUCUUUCUGCUCCAGGCAUGCCUCCCAUACCUCCCGACAGAUCGCUCCGGGCGGAUCGUCAACGUGUCCAGUGUCGGCAGCGCUCUGGGACUUCGAGAGCAGACAGUUUAUGCCGGCUCCAAAGGCGCACUGGAAGCUAUGACCCGGGUCUGGGCUCGUGAACUGGCAGAGCGCGCGACGGUCAACUCGGUCAAUCCAGGCCCUGUCCUCUCUGAUAUUUUCAUACGCUGCUCAAAUGAUAUCAAAAUGCUGCUGGGACAAUGGAAUCAGGUCUCUCCUUUGGCGACGGUGAGACCCCAAGACGAGGAAGCGGUGCGACAAUGGGAAAAGUUUGGGGGGCGGCCAGCCCACGCUGCAGAAGUCGCCGGAGUGGUUGCCAUGCUCUGCUCGCCCGACGGUGGGUGGACAACCGGGAGUGUCAUCUCGGCCAAUGGUGGAAUGAGGUUCUCAUAUUGA